GGAGUAGAGGUGGAGGGGGGUUAUGGAGACUGAGCAGAUACGAGAGUGGAGGAGUGGAAGUCGCGAGGGGGGAGGGGGUGCGUGAGUAUUAAUGGACACGAAAGCGAUGUUCAGGGGGGGGCGCGGAGUCAGAGAUCUGCGCGGGGAGACGGAGCGAGCGCCACGUCCCGUCCACCGCUCCCUCCCAGAGCCGCAUUGCGGGGACCCGCCUAGACCCUGCAGGGUCCCAGCCACUCUAUACCGAGGACCCCCUCUUCAAUUCUUCCCGGGACCCCAUAAACUCUGCCAGGGACUCAUUCGCCUUCACCUGUGGACCGGACCCCGUCGCUCUCAUCUGGAACCCCUCUGCCCUGCACUGCUGCGCCAUGCGGCCCCUGCUGGAGGCCCCUGUGAGGUCCCUUGUGAGAGCCCUUGUGAGGGCCCUUGUGAGGGCCCUUGUGAGGCCCCUUGUGAGGACCUCUGCUGUGGGCUCUGCGUCCCUCGGCCUCUUCCUCCCUCUGCUCCUUGCGGCCGCGCUGCGCCCAGCCACUCCGUGCGGCACCGUGGGGAUCUCGUUCCUGGGCGCGUCUCGCUGUGAGCUCGCGCUGCUGAAUUCGCUGCCCUGGGAAGACGUUUCCUUGAAGCACAUUCAGCUGAACCACAGCCACGGCGAGAUCGCGGUCCCUGACGCCUGGCCCAAGGAUCGGCCCGUGGUCGUGGUGUCCGGGGAGGAGGACGAGGAGGCGGAUGGGGAUGACCCCCCCAUCUACUCACACGGCCCCCCGCUGCUGCGCGUGAACGCGCGCUCCGUGCGCGACGCCUCCGAGUCCGGGCUGCAGCUCGCGCCGCGCGCCUCCGCGCUGCUCGGAACCGCCGCCGAGAUCGCCAUUCACCUGCGCUGGGACGGAGUCAUCCUCCUCUAUGAUCAUGGCAAACACGUGGACGUGGCCUUCGUAGAGAAGCUGCAGCUCUCCACGAGGGUGGUGACCAUGAGGCUCUCCCCGCCGGGCUCCCCCGAGCUGCGCACCCUCCUGGAGCGCGUGAGGCAGGAGCGGGUGAGAAACAUCAUCAUCAAGUGCCGCCGCUCGUGGCUACGCGACAUCUUCAUUGAGGCGGACGAGUUCGGACUGACCUCCCCCGUCUACCACUGGGUGCUGCCCAUGCUGGAGUCGAACCCUCGAUGGCUGCUGCAGCUGCCGCUGAGCUGGGGCUGGGCGCGCGCGACGGUGAUGCGGGUGCUGGGCACGGCGGGCGGGCAGCCGUGCAGCACGCCGGGCGCGGCCGGGGCGUGCGCCACCACGUGCCUCCUCCUGCACGACGCCGCCGUCUUCCUCGCCGCGCCCAAGGGACGCAGGGGGUGCUCCGCGGAGGCGCUCGAGGGGCGAGUGGUGCAGGGCCUCACGGGACCCGUGCAGUUCGCACCGGACGGCUUCCGCAAGGACGUCCACUUCUCUCUCUACAGCCUCGAGCUGGGGCGGAACGACUCCCGCGAGGUCAGGGUGGGUGACCACCGUGCGGGCCGCACGUCCUUCACCCCCGAGCUGCAAAGUCUCCCCUCGCCCUCCGUGUUCAAGGGGAGAAUCGUGCGGGUCAUCGCCGUGGAGGAGCCCCCUCUGUUCGGCUGCGUCCCUGGCUGUGCGAGGCCCUGCUCCCCGGCGUGUGGCCGUUUCCAGGGCUUCCUCUACGAGCUGCUGAAGGAUCUGUCCUUGAAGCUCAAUUUCAGAUACGUCAUCUCCAAUGUGACUUCGGGCAUCCAAGACAAAGACGUGAUGCAAGACAUCCAGAAGAAGCUCACAAAGAACGAGGCUGACUUCACGCUGUGCCUGUGCCCCGUGCGGGGCAACCAGGAGAACCGUGAACUGGAGUUCUCCUUCCCACUCAUGGACCGCGGCUACCAGAUGCUCAUUCGCAAGCCCGAGAGGGAGCUGUCCGGGGCCUUUGAGUUCCUCAACCCCUUCCACGUUUUGGUCUGGUUGUCCAUCCUCCUCGCCUGCAUCGUGGUCGCCUUCGUCCUUGCUGCCAUCAACCGCUUCGACCCCUACGAGUGGCGCAACUUGGCCAAGCGUGGCAAGGUGUCCCGCGAGGAGGGACGCGGCAUGGACCUCCUCAACUGCCUGGGCUUCACGUUGGUCAGCAUGGUGCAGCAGAGCGUGAGCGUCGUGCCGCGCUCCUACGCCGGCAAGAUCGUCGCCUUCUCCUGGUGGUUCUUCGUUCUCGUCACCAUCUCCACGUACACCGCCAACCUGGCCGCGAUCUUCCAGUCGCAGAACUCGCCCAAACUCGAGUCGCUCGCCGACCUCGUCGACCAAAACGACUUCAAGUACAACACCUACCACGGUUACCCGCUGGUGGAGUUCCUGCGCGGCGCACGGUCGCAGCCCUUCCAGGCCAUCUGGGAGCACAUCGAGCAGAACAGCAAGAACGACCCCAAGCCGCACCUGCUCAGCUCCGAGGAGGAGGGCCUGCAGAUGGUGGGCAACAGCAGCUUCGUGUUCCUGGGCUCCAGCGCCGCGGUCUACCGCGCCACCACCACCAACUGCACGCUGCAGGUGGCUGGCGAGUUGUUCUUCAAGUCCAAGACGGCCCUGAUGUUCCCGCGCGGCUCGGUGCUCCGUGAGCCCGUGUCGCGUGCCCUCAUCGCGCUGCAGCGAGAGGGCCGCCUCGAGGAGCUGGAGGAGGAGUGGCUCGAGGCCAAGGGCCCCCACUGCGAGGGCAAGGACUCUGGCUCGGAGAAGACGGUGGACGUCAACGACACAGAGGGCAUCUUCUACCUGCUGUGCAUUGGCCUGUCGCUGGGCUUCAUGGUGAGCACGCUGGAGGUGGCCUGCCACCGCGCCCUGCGCGACAAGAAGAAGCGCAAUCACUCCAUGCACGCCAGCAAGCAGCCUUCCAUGUAAAAAUUAUUGUUUUUUUUCGCAAACGAUAGCUCAACGAAGUGGCUUAUCGCGUGAAAAUGUAGAGGAGGCAAAACGCUCUAAAUGCGAGUUGAUUAGAAAAUGUGGAGGGAAAAACCGGAGGACUUGGAGAAUGUAGCCUCGCGGUGGUGAGGUCGAUGGUGGUGGUUCUUGUGGUGGUGAGCCUGAUUGGAGUGAGCCUUGGGGUGAGGGUGGUGGUGGACCUUGGCGUUUGUGUCAGCCUUUUGUGGUGGUGAGCCUCCGUGUAUUGAGACCUAAUGCAGAGUCAUCAGCGAGCCUCCCAGUGAGUAAGAUUUAUAGUGAGCCCGGGUUUUCAGUUCCCUGUGCAGUGAGCCGAUCGGUGAGCCUUCUAGCGAGGCUCUCAUGUAGUAGCAGUAGUAGUAAGUCGUGUCGUGAACAAGCUUUCUGCAGUGCAGAAGUCAACCUCGUCGUCGGAGACUACACAGCAAACCUGAACCACGACUAGUUCAGGUAUCGCUCGCCACUGAUGUCAGCCGUGGCCAGGAAGUUCAGAGUGCAGUGUGCGAACAAACCGCCUGCAGGACCACUGCUCCCACCACUGAUGGAUGUGCGUCUAUGUGGUAUUAUCAUCAUUAUCAUCAUCUGCACCAGCCAUGGUCAAUCCGCUGCUGGAUGUAUAUGUGUAUUUAAUCUCACAUUCGGUAUUCUUAUUUCACUUGGCUUCUAAUGAAGGUGUCCAUAUCUGGCUAAUGUAAUCCGUGUAAUAGAGUCAGGUGUGCUACUUAAUACACGCAGUGGAACAUCUAAUUAGUGUAGCUCCAUGCAGAUGUGAUGAGUGUGUAGCGAUGCAUCGAUUCGUGAAAAUAAAAUGUAUUAAGCUCACGGUACAAGCUCUUGUGUGUAAUAAUCAUAUAAUUCCAUUACAACCUAUUAAGGAUGUAGCCAUGGAGUCAACAUUGGGGGGUACCAAAUCUUCCAGAGGGUCUGGGGGUCCCCCCCCAGAA